GUCCGACUGACAAGUGACAACUAUUAAAGCCAGCAUCAAUUCAUCAUAUUUUCAUAUUGGUGUUAGAUUGAUAUCGGUGUAAAAUUCUGAUGAGGUCGAUUUUUUAUAGAAACUAAAGUGGUUAUUAUUUAUAAUGUCGAAAAGAACUCAACCAAGUUGGUCACCUCCUUCCAGUGGAGAAGAAAGACCUGUAUUAAAACUAUUUAACAGUCUAACACGACAGAAAGAGAAAUUUGUAAGUUCAAACGGCAAUCGUGUAAACUGGUACAGCUGUGGUCCUACCGUAUAUGAUGCGUCCCACAUGGGGCACGCUAGGUCAUAUAUUUCUUUUGAUAUUUUGAGACGUGUUAUGUCUAAUUAUUUUGGGUAUGAUAUCUUAUAUGUUAUGAAUAUUACUGAUAUUGAUGACAAAAUAAUAAAAAGAGCAAGACAAAAUUAUCUGUAUGAGAAAUAUUUGAAAGAAAUAAAAAAUCUAAAUGAGACUAUAGAUGAUGCAACAGCAGUUGUUAACUUUUAUGAAGAUGUAGUAAAGGAAACUACAGAUCCAGAUAAGAAAAACACAAUGCAAAAAAUGUUGGAUAAUAUUGCAUCUGCUGUGAAGGUACUAAAAGAGGCUGUGGAAUUAAAUGAUCAUGAAAAAAUUAAAUCAGCUAAAUGUGAAAUGUUGAAUUCAGCAAAAGAUCCAAUAUCUGAGUGGUUAGAUAAAAAGUUUGGUUCAACUGUUAAAGAUAAUGCCAUUUUUACUGCACUACCUAAAUACUGGGAGAAUGAAUUUCACAAUGAUAUGAAGGCACUUAAUAUUUUACCGCCAGAUGUUUUAACAAGAGUUAGUGAAUAUAUUCCACAAAUCAUUUCAUUCAUUCAGAAGAUAAUUGAGAAUGGACUAGCUUAUGAAUCAAAUGGUUCUGUAUAUUUCAACGUUAGUGAAUUUGAUAGCAAGGACAGGCAUCACUAUGCCCGAUUAGUACCUGAAGCAUACGGAGACACAAAAUCAUUGCAAGAAGGGGAAGGUGAUCUCAGUGAUGAUACGGCUGAGAAAAGAUCUCCAAAUGACUUCGCUCUCUGGAAGCGUAGUAAAGCCGGUGAACCAUCAUGGGAGUCACCAUGGGGUGCAGGUAGGCCAGGUUGGCACAUUGAAUGUUCAGCGAUGGCAUCUGACGUGUGCGGUUCAAGCUUGGACAUUCAUACAGGCGGUGUUGAUCUCAAAUUUCCCCAUCAUGACAAUGAAUUAGCUCAAAGUGAGGCGCAUUUCGACAAGCCCGGCUGGGUUAAGUACUUCCUUCACACAGGACAUCUCACAAUAGCUGGCUGUAAGAUGUCUAAGUCAUUAAAGAACUUUGUAACUAUCUCCGAAGCCUUAAAGCGUCACACUGCGAGACAAUUACGGUUUGCUUUUCUCCUGCAUGGCUGGAAGGAGACUUUAGACUACUCAGAAAAUACAAUGGAGAUGGCCAUACAGACUGAAAAAUUGUUUAAUGAGUUCUUCUUGACGGUAAAAGAUGCCCUGCGAAGCGGCUACGACGAGGGCAGCGGUGGCACGUGGGGACCCGAGGAGCAGCUCCUGUCGGCCAAACUCAGCAAUGCGAAGCAACAAGUCCAUAGAGCCUUGUGCGACAACAUCGACACGCGCGCGGCGCUGGAUGCGCUGCGCGAGCUGGUGGGCGCGGCGCACGUGUUCCUGCGCAGCACGGCGCCGCGCAGCGCCCCGCUGCUGGCGGCCGCGGCGCGCUACGUCACGGACGUGCUGCACGUGUUCGGCGCCGUGGAGGGCCCGCGCGGCCUCAUCGGCUUCCCGGUGUCCGACGUCGGCGACGUAUGCUUGGAGGAGGCGGUGAUGCCGUACCUGGAGGCGCUGGGCACGUUCCGCGCGGCGGUGCGCGAGGCGGCGCGGGGCGCGGGCGGCGCGGGGGGCGCGGGCGGCGCGGGCGGCGCGGGCGGCGUGCUGGCGCUGUGCGACGCGCUGCGCGACGACGUGCUGCCCGAGCUGGGCGUGCGGCUUGAGGACAAGGCCGAUAGAACAGUUGUGAAGCUCGUGAGUAAAGAAGAAUUAAUGAGAGAGCGAGAGGAGAAGAAAAAACAAGAAGCUGAAAAACAGAGAAAGAAGCAGGAGUUGUUAGAAGCUCAAAAGGCUAAGGAGGAGCAGAAGAAAAUACCACCCACGGAAAUGUUUAAGAAGGAAACCGACAAAUAUUCUAAGUUCGAUGAUAAGGGCUUGCCGACACACGACAAAGAAGGUAAAGAACUAAGUAAAGGAUUGGUCAAAAAAUUGCAAAAAAUACAACAAGCUCAAGAAAAAAAGUACAAUGAAUACCUCGCAACUGUCAACAACUGCUGACGGCCGAACCGGCGAAUGGGGAUUUACAUACAACGACCUAAACUUAGAUAUCCAUAUUUGUUUAUGUUGCCACCAAUUAUCACUGAUGCGUUGUUUUUGUGUACAUUGUUACAAUAGUAACAACUUGUAACAAUUCCACCUCUUUAAUUUUUUAAGGAAAAGUUGGGAGCUUAUUCCACCACGCUAAUCUAUUGCGGAUCGUUAUCUAACGCAGAGUUUCUGACGGAAUAUAUUCAUCGUAAUAUGUAUCCAUACAAUACAAACUACAUAAGUAUCAUAAUACUCCGCAUAUACUAUAUAAUAAUCUAAACAUUUCAAAAUUAACCGAAAUGUUUCGCCACCUUAUGAAAGAAACUAGUGAACAAAGUAUGGAAUGUCGCGUAACAGGGGGACCAAUUCUACAAACAAAUUGUCACUUUAUCGCAAUCUAAUUGAAACGUAAUAGCUCAGCAGUUUAACGGUUUUCCUAUUUUUUACAAACAGUAUUAUCGGAAAGCUCGUAACCAAUAUAAAUUAGUAGAAUAGUCCAGGUUUGCAUUUUUUUUUUUUUAAAUUGAAUAGGAAGGCGGACGAUAUGGGCCACCUAAUGACAAGUGGUCACCAACGCCCAUAAACAUUGGCAUUGUAAGAAAUGUUAACCAUCGCUUACAUCACCAGUGCACCACCAAUCUUGGGAACUAAGAUGUUAUGUCCCUUGUGCCUGUAAUUACACUGGCUCACUCACCCUUCAAACCGGAACACAACAAUACCAAGUACUGCUGUUUUGUGGUAGAAUAUCUGAUGAGUGGGUGGUACCUACCCAGACGAGCUUGCACAAAGCUCUACCACCAGUAAAAUUAAGUAACAGUAUUGCAUUUAUUGAUUACUUAAAAACAAUACAUAUUCUCCAUAUGCAAUGAUAUAUUUUCAAGUAAUAUAAGAACUCGUAACUCGCCUAAUGUCCAGUACCUAUUUUUAACGAAUCGAUGUUAUACCUCAGUAACUAAUCGUUUUUGACUUACUAGCAACCACCCGUUCAAGUUAUUCCUAUAAGUUUUUUACGCCAUAUAAAAUGUUGACUUAAAAACUAUUGGAAACUUUAUUAUAGGGGCAAUUUUGAAUUAACUAUAAAAUCUACCAUUCGAAAGUAAAACGAAUCGUUUCAUGAAUAUAGUAAGCGGACAUAAUUGAAGAAUCAGAAACAUUCAAAGAAUUGCUCGUAAACGUAUCAAAUAUUUACGAGAAAUUUACAGACUAGUAACAGCGUGUAAAAGUCCACCUGCUGGGCUCAGACAUCCUCUCUUUUGAUCAGAAGUUUCGAACUGACCAUCACGCUGCUUUGAGAUAUACACAUUUUUUUAUUCAAACUAGGAAUUCCUGUUUUGUCGGUAUACCUAUUGAGUGUUAUACUUGUGAAAUGCUGUUUGUUAGUUUGUCCAACUUUUACGAAACAACGGAUCCAUGUAUUUUUAUAGAGAUAAUUUAUGGCACUUAGUGAAAUAUCCACUUUUAAUGUCGGAAAAUGCAAGGUCAAUAAAAGCUGGUUACUAACAUUCUUAUUUUUCCCUUCAAUUUAGCAUAAUGAUUAGAGGUCAAGUCCGAUGUAUGUCCUCUGGACCAUCUCGGCGUAUGAAAAUAAUUCGUUUUUUUUUAUUACUUUAAAAAAUAUGCAUUUAUUUUUAAUGAAGGUGCUAUUUUAAGUCUGGGUUAAAUUAUUACUUACGGCCAAUGCGACUUUAUUAAAUGGUUAUAUUAGCCCGGCGAAAUUCAAUCAUGCCACGUUCAAAAGUAUCCUUUCAAGAGUUAACUAGUUAAAAGGGAUAAGCUUUUUUAACUAAACAAAUAUAAGGAAAUUAUAAACAAUACAUAAAUAUAGGCUUGCAGUCUGAGAUAUUAGACAAUUAGGUAUUUUUAUGCAAAUACUCAAUUAUUUGAGUAAUACGUGUUUUUAAUUAAUUUUGUUUUCAAAACUUUGCAAUAAAAUGCCUAAUGCUAUAAGACUGUUUGCUAUAAGACUAUAAGUCUCUUAUAUAUAAAUAAUAUUAAACAGUAUGGGGGCACAAUAGUGUUUAAUAAUAUUUAACAAAAAAAUAUGUUUAUACAUAACAUAAUAUUAUUGUCUCCUUAAAGUGAAUAGUUAAAUAUGUUCGAAGUCAUUAAAUAAAAAAAAUGAAUUAUAUGUUAUGUUAUACAUAGCAGAUUUUAUGAGACACCACAAAAGUGUUGAAAAUGUCUUGCUGUCCAUUUGUUCGAGAAAAUUUUGAUUAAAAUAAUUAAGUAUAGAUAUAAUUACUAACAAUGUGGAUUUUCAUUUUUGAGUUCUGUUUCCAUUUAAAGUCCUUAAGAUCACAACAAGUCGCAGACAAUUUUCAUGCAAAAGGUCAAAUUUAUUUGAAUAAAUUUAAUAUUAAUUAACAAAUAGUGUAAGAUUAAUUAAAGUCAACUUGUAUUCCGGUAAAAUAAAUGUACU